CUUCAUAGAGAAGGUUGUCUCGUCACUGCUUGGCAUGCUUUCUUCCUGUGUUGCUUCGUAAGAAGAAAACUUGGGAAGAAACGCCGAGAUCAGCUGUUGAGGCAAGAAAUUGGCCCACUGAAUAUUCCUCUCCGAGAUCAAAUUCUGGAUUACAUCAAAUGAAUUGGACAGUUUGGAUUUAAUCGGAAAUCGAGUUAAUAUCAAGCUUUUAACCUCAAGUACGGCCAAAAAUCUAAAUCAGAAUAUCGAGUCUGUUUAUACACAAAUUUUUCGGCUUAAAAAUAUACCCAAUUAGUCGAAACUAAUUGAAUGCAAAUUUAAGCUGAAGGAUAUCAAGAAAGUUAACUUUGGGUUAUCAUUGCUCGUAUUUUCUGUAAUUUGAUCUAAAGUGAACGUCCAAUCACUUGUGGGUAAUCCAUUUUUUGGAAGAAAGGAUUGCAGUGGAUCUUCAUCUCAGCAGCAGACGACUGGACCGAGCGAGGAAUCCAAAGCUUCGUGACAACAGCCAGGUUGCGCCCGGAGAGUAUUUCAUUUUUCACCAAACUCCGGACGAGAACUUGAGCUCCCGCCAGCAGAAUGGAGCAGCUGCAGCAACGAGAACUCGAUCAGCAGGUGCAACAGCACGACAUAAAACUGCAGCAGCACCUGCAGCAACAGCAGCAAACCAUGCAGCACGAAGAUUUAGAGACAGCAGAACAGAAGCAGCCUAAAGAAACGUGGCACAGGAAAACUUCGGUGAUGGAGAUCUUCCGUACGUGCCUGAGCACAGGACAUGACGACGAUGAGUGCGACAUUCCUGCGGACGAAUCUGCGGAAGCGGAGGCAGCGUCUCGGCCGCACUUCCCUCAGACAAAGACAAGGAGUCGGUGCAACCUGUGGGGGCCGGUCUACCUCAACAGGGAUAACUUCAUUGAAAUGCACCUCAGGUAGAAAUUUAAAAGAAACAAACACGUUUCCUGGAACAUGGUUAGUUAUUAAAUACUGAUCGAACGAAAUUUCGUUCUGUACCAUAAAUUACAACGAAGAAUAUAACUGGGAACUCAUAGUAGUGAACAUAGUAAUGUAAACUUUCAACGAAGCCUGAAACUAAAAAUUCGAUGCUUAAUACUGGAAAGCAUCCCGUAAUAUAGCCGUGAAAACACCUCAUUCGACGUUCAACGGUGCCAUACAACCAUCAAUAUACAACGGUGCCAUACAACCAUUCUGUUUCGAACAAUACGAAACAGAACAUUGGCCACAUCAUGUGGUUGAUGCAAACAGCAUUGGACCAUCUAAGUUUGUCAUAAGUUAUUUAUUUUUAUCCAUGAAUAUAAACGCCUUAUCGAGGGCCGUUUCUCCUUCCUCGCCAUGAUAUAAACAUUAAAAAUUUAAUGCAAUUUAAUUGAGAAUCUUGCUGAAAACAUGGCGUUCUCCAACAAUUAUUGCACUAUAUACUCCUGUAUACAACGCAAGUAGUUUGUGUAGUACGUCUGAAGUUGUGAGAAUUCAAUUUUUAGUUUUAUAUAUAGUAUAGCUACGAAAAUUUAUCUACGAAUUUCCUUAGCUGGCAUGGCCAGACGGAGAUGUUUACAUGUCGGACAUAUUCUGUCAUUACGCAACCUUAAUUAAUUCAAUUUAAAAAGAUAGAAUUAAACCCUGCAAUGGAUGGCUCUGUCUAAAGCUGGUGUAAAGGCUUGAAAUAGGGGCUUCGCUUAAAAUUUAAAAUAUUUGAUGUACUCAGAUUAGUACGAAAAAUAUAAAUGAAAAAUAGUCAUCGUUAUAAAUAGAAAACAAGCAUCGUUAAAAUUAUCUGUCUCAUAAUUAGCUCUAAUGUCGCAAGUGGGUUUACAGAGAUUCUCCUACUAAGCAAGCAACUGUGCCCGCCACUGCUACGUAAGCCCAUAUUUGAAUUUGUGAAUUCAAAACCGUUUGUUUUUUCCAUCAUUGUCAACGCCUUUACUUUCUAAGUCAUUGAUUUGCAAUAUUCACUGAUUUAAAGAUAUGACAAAGGCUAAUAUAAGACUGAAAAGUAAUUUAAAAUUUCCUAAGAGCAUUAAUUUCCAAUGCAUCAGAUGUAUCUACCCCAAUUAUUAAUUCGUGCAGUGAUAAAAAAAAUAGUACUGAAAAGAAAACGUACAGAAAUUUUAUAAAUUCAAUACUAUUUUCUUGCUACCAUAAACGUAUGUUAAAAAGGUAAUGAAGACCUAGGUAUAUACUGUAAUAGAUGACUAUAUUGUUGCGUGGUUUUAUGAUAGAGUUACCCCUCACUCCGCCAUAUUCUCUGGACUGACCAGCGUAACAUUUAAGUCUUCUAGUCAGCGCUCGAGUGGCGUACGCAUGUGACGCUAGCGCGCUAAAAUCUGCCUUGUCAUAGUCUCUAUAAAAUGUCUGCAGCGUCAUUAAAAUAUUCCAU